AUGUAAGUUAUGUACAUAUGUAGUAUCCAAUUCCUAACAUAAUGUUAGUUGAUUAAUACUUACAUACUACAAAACCACCAAACCACCAAACCACCACUCACUACCGCCAACAACUUAGGUUUUCCUACUACGAUAUUAACAUCCAACGCAUAACCACUUUGAAAUCUCAUUCUGGUCCUUCCAGCCUUGACCUUUUACGUCCACGAAGAAAGGUACUCGUCUACACCGAUUUGAAUCAGCCAGUAUGCCUGGCUUUGACUUUUCAAACUACAACCGCAAUGCGGCUCUACACGCACGAGGUGUUCCGCUACCAAAAGCCACCAGCACAGGUACCACCAUCGUCGGAUGUAUAUACGAUGGGGGCGUUGUGAUCGCAGCCGACACCCGUGCCACCAGUGGUCCCAUCGUCGCUGACAAGAACUGCGAGAAGCUGCAUUAUAUUGCGCCCCAAAUUUGGUGCGCUGGUGCCGGUACUGCGGCGGACACCGAGUUUACAACCGCCCUCAUAUCUUCUCAGCUCGAGCUUCACUCUCUCUCCACUGGCCGGAAACCCCGCGUGGUGACCUGCAUGACCCUCCUCAAGCAGCAUCUCUUCCGGUAUCAGGGCCAUAUCGGAGCCUACUUGGUUGUUGCCGGUGUCGAUCCAACAGGAACCCAUCUGUUCACCGUACAUGCUCACGGUAGCACGGACAAACUUCCCUACGUGACUAUGGGCUCGGGAUCGCUCGCUGCCAUGUCUGUUUUCGAGUCCCAAUGGAAGCCAAACUGCACCAAGGAGGACGCCAUGGAGCUCUGUUCUCAAGCCAUUCAGUCUGGUAUCUUCAACGAUCUGGGCUCCGGAUCUAACGUGGAUUUGGCCGUAAUUACAGCAGACAAGACAACUUUGCACCGCGGCUUCAUCAAACCAAACGAGCGCAGCCAGAAGCUAAAGAACUACAAAUUCAAGCGCGGUACUACAGCAGUACUAAACGAGAAGAUAAUCACCAAGGACGAAAUUGGAAAGUAUGUCAGCGUGCAAGAGCUAGAGUCAGGCGAGGGGGAGAAGAUGGACGUUGACUCCUGAGAAGCGGGAGGAGAGGGAGUGGCUUGGGGAAGGAGAAUCGACGCUGACCCUUGUGUAUCGAUAAGUUGUGAUAAUCAAGAUUGAUUAUUAUUCCAUCGUCUCAUACAUAAUAGCACGAUCUCAAGAUGUGAAAAUAUCCUCUUGUCAACCUGGUGUAUAUCCUGCAAAGAAGGUCGAAAAGGUUUUACCUACCUAGGUGUACCAAAUUUAUUCAUAGGCACCUAUACCUACUAUGUAGGUAUCCUUCUUUACAUGCAUAGUACCUAGCAGUGGUGUGUAGUAUCUAUGCUUAGGUACAUAUGUAGGCGUAUGCAUUUACCAGACUUACAUCCACAUAUUGAUAA